AUGGCCCAAAUCAUCCCAUCUAUCACAUCCCUUCCUGUGGACUCAUCAGCCGCGCCCUCGGUGGAGGAUAUCCAAGAUCGCCUCCCGUCGAUAUGCGUCGACUAUCUCUCGCAUGACUGGUCAGAGGAGGAUGUGUGGGCGAGCUGGCGGAACAUGACGAGACACAAGCAUGAGAUUGCGAACGGGGUCAGGCUGGAGAAUGCUAGUUGGCGGACAUGGCAGAAGCAGCGCAACAAGCUCAAGACGAUCAGUCCAGAGACGCUGAACUGGCUUAAAGACUCGGACGUGACAUGGCUGUACGGUCCACUACACACCGCCUCGGUCGAGCCCGUCCGCCCACCUCGGGAAGCAACCACGGCUGAGCGGCUCGGUAUCGACGGGGUCGGUAUCGACCGCCCCAUGGAACGUCCGGUCGUCUCGGGACCCGUCAAGAAGCCCAUCUUGAAACACCGUACGCUCUCAGAAAUGCUCACCAUCCCCAUGCCCGCUUCCCCCAUCCUCGAAUCCUACGCUUCCGGUGCGGACGGUGACGUUGAUGAUAUCGACGACCACCGGCCGGGUCUCAUCCAGACCAAAUCGGAUACCAACAUCAUUCGGUCUCGGAACGGUAUGGGAUCUGGCAACCGCCGGAAGUCCCCCUCUCGGGCUCCCAUCUCGGGCAAGAAUACCCCCAAAGAUGGAACGCAAACCCCGGUCAACCAGAUUGAGGAUCCUCUUCAUACUGGCGGUUCCUCCAAGCGGCAUAUCAGCUUCAACACCUUCGUUGAGCAGUGCAUGGCUAUCGAUGACCCCAGCGAGAUGCCCACUAUCGACAGUGACGAGGAUGAAAUGCUGGAGAUGCGAUCUUCAUCAUCUCGGUCAUCACGCCCGUCAUUGCCCCGGACGGCAUCAACCGGUUCGGCGGGGUCAGACCACCUGACAAUCGCCAAGAUCGCACCGACAAUGCUCAAAACCCAGGCAUUCUCCAACUCGGAUCAGCUCCCGCAAAUGCGGUAUCAGCCUCCGGCGGAGUACCUCUCCCCUGUUGCGCACUUUGGUGGGAGCCCGUCCCCGCGCGAAGAUUGGGGAGACGAGGGCGAUGGGGGGUCGCACGACUACUUUGGCGGUCCCACUUUCCAGGCGGACGAGACCAAGGUCCAGUCGGUCCCGGUGCAUCAGGGCUACCGGGCGCCUACCGUCAGCCAGCCUCCGUCGCAGCCAAAGUGGCGGCAGGGGCAGCAGGCCAGCCCGGCGCCUGGCUCAGCAGCGGCUGGUGUCGGCGGUCAGCCCUCAUCCAUUGAUUCGUCUACCUCAUCCUCUUCUGCUUCAUUGCAAUCCGCUUCUCCCCAAUCCUCCACUCCGGUCCCCGCUCGCUCCAUCCUCAAAGUUCGCGCACCGGGUCCAACACCCCCAGAACCCGCAUCGCCACCGAGCAACUACUUCAACUACACCCCAUCAGCGGCCACCGGUAUCGGCGGGAUGCGAGGCCAGUACCCCGACGGUGUCAACACCGGCGCAUCUGGUACUUCUCCCCUUGUUAGCCCGGCUGGCGUUGAUGAUCGAGGCGGGAGGGGGCGGACUACCUCAAGGGAGCGGGGAAGCUCGGCGUAUGACCGGAGUGUGUCGAGGGGGACUACCAGCAGUAGCACCUCUGGCACUUCCAUCUCUCCUGGCGCAUCGCGGUCUCCAGUCGGGGCUCAGCGGAAACCUCAGCCCCCUCAGGCGCAGGUUGCGGACAGGGGGAUGUUUGUGGAGAAUGUCGAUGCCAAGCCGAGCGAGGCGGAAGACAUGGAGAUCGAGGAGGACGAAGCCCCGGAGAGGGGUACCACUCCGACCCCGCAUUCGAGCCCGCAAGCCAAACCGACCAUCCAGAACAAUAAGAGCGGGGGAGAGGCGGUGCAUCAGGCAGAAUCAGCGGCGAGUGGCGCAGCAGCAGCAGCGGCGGCGGGAGGGCCGCGGUUGGGAGGGAGCGCGUUUGGGAGGUUGCAAGGGCAGGGGCAGAGAAGGGUGGUUUCGGGCGGAGAUGCGGGCUUGGGCGGAUACCAUAAUAAUGACGACGAUGAUGGGAGUAGCAUCAUGGGCAGGGCGGCGAAUAUUGCGAAUACCGCCAAAGACCUCUUUGGGGCUUUGUGGUAUGGCGCGAAUCAGCCAUCGGGUGGCGCGGGGGCGGGCGCGGGAGGCCCCGGAACUGGGGCGGGAGCAUCAGCGGCGCAGGGGAGUGAUGCGCAGAAUCAGGCAAAGAAGACAGGGAGGCAUAAGCGGGGGGCGAGCAUGGGUUGA